ACCGGAAAAGCCGGUCUUGUUCUGGCUAGCGGAACACAGAUCUGCUCUGAUGGCAGGCAGCUAUCUGUCAACAAUCUAGUCAAUUAGCUGAAACUGAAGUCUGUGAGGCCCGUUAUCGUCUGCUUCUUUCAGGUCCUUCCAGUGUAGCCAAUCAAGGCUGCAGUGUUAUGGAUGAACCAUGAAGGCUCAAUUACAAGUCACAGUUCUUUCAGCCAAGCUGAAGGAAAACAAAAAGAACUGGUUUGGUCCCAGUCCGUAUGUUGAGGUAGCAGUGGAUGGCCAGUCAAAGAGGACGGAGAAGUGUAACAAUACACACAGUCCCAAAUGGAAGCAGGCUCUCACUGUAAUUGUGACUCCAGUCAGCAAGCUGAUCUUUCGUGUCUGGAGCCACCAGACACUGAAAGCAGACAUCCUGUUGGGAAUGGCCACUCUGGAGAUCAGUGAGACCCUUAAGGCUAAUGACUUAAAACUAUGUGAGGUGGUGCAGACGCUGCAGCUGUGCUCCGACAGAGACCCCCGGGAUGUUGUUGGUGACCUGUCAGUCUGUCUGGAUGGCAUGCAGGUAGACCCAGAAGCCUUCGCCACAGCAGAGAAAGAACAUGCUACUGUUCCAAAUGGAAAUGCAAGACAAAAUGGAGACACUGGCAACAGGUCAAGCAGAGACACGUCUCCCUCCAGCGACUCAGAGGAGUGGGUUAUCGUACCUAAUGGUCAUGCUGUCAAUGGAACGGGAUCUCCUUCACGAUCUCCAGGAGACUCAAACGCCUCACGUCCUCCCAGACCAGCCCGACCUCCUCCUGCUACACCACGCCGACCAGCAGCCUCACCAACCUCUUCUAGCAGUUCCUCCCCCAGUGAGCUGAGUGAGGGUCCGGCUUCAGAUGGCUCCUCUCAGGCUUCAGCCAGUGGGUGUUCAAAUCAGCAGGAUGACUCAGGCACAGGAGCAGCAGCAGCAGUGGUGGCAGCAGCAGCAGCAGCAGCAGCAGCAACAGCAGCAGCGGCAGGCUCUUCACAGACAGCAAGUGGCCCCAAACCAGGGACCUCAGCUACAGCAGCAGUGCCCACAACAACCCCCAGAAUCGCACCCAUGGCCAAUGGCCCUUUACCACCAGGGUGGGAGCAAAGGGUGGACCAGAAUGGACGAGUUUACUAUGUUGAUCACAUUGAGAAAAGGACAACCUGGGACAGACCUGAGCCUCUGCCCACAGGGUGGGAGCGCAGGGUGGACCCGAUGGGUAGGGUGUACUACGUGGACCACAUAACCCGAACUACGACAUGGCAACGCCCCACACAGGAGUCAGUGCGUAACUAUGAGGAGUGGCAGCACCAGCGCAGCCAGCUGCAGGGAGCUAUGCAGCAAUUCAACCAGAGGUUCAUUUAUGGGCUCCAAGACCAGUUGGCAGCCACAGCCAACAAGGAGUUUGAUCCACUGGGCCCCCUGCCACAUGGUUGGGAGAAAAGAACAGACACCAACGGCAGAGUGUAUUUUGUUCACCACCCUACUCGGACAACACAGUGGGAGGACCCCCGGACGCAAGGGCUGCUGAAUGAUAAACCCCUACCAGAGGGUUGGGAGAUGAGGUUCACUGUGGAUGGUAUUCCCUACUUUGUAGACCACAACCGGCGAACCACAACCUACAUCGACCCUCGCACAGGGAAGUCUUCACUUGAGAAUGGGCCACAGAUAACCUAUGUCAGGGACUUCAAAGCCAAAGUGCAAUACUUCAGGUUCUGGUGUCAGCAACUGUCGAUGCCUCAGCACAUUAAGAUUAACGUCUCCCGUAAAACCUUGUUUGAGGACUCAUUCCAACAGAUCAUGAGCUUCCACCCACAAGAUCUGAGGCGGAGACUGUGGAUCAUUUUUCCAGGAGAGGAAGGCUUGGACUACGGGGGUGUGGCCAGAGAAUGGUUCUUCUUGCUCUCUCAUGAGGUGCUCAACCCAAUGUACUGUUUGUUUGAGUAUGCUGGGAAGGACAACUACUGUCUGCAGAUCAACCCUGCCUCCUACAUCAACCCUGAUCACCUGAAGUACUUCAAGUUCAUUGGACGCUUCAUUGCUAUGGCUUUAUUCCACGGCAAGUUCAUCGACACGGGUUUCUCCCUCCCCUUCUACAAGCGUAUUCUGAACAAACCUCUGGCUCUGAAAGACCUCGAGUCCAUAGAUCCAGAGUUUUACAACUCACUCAUCUGGAUCAAGGAUAAUAACAUAGAAGAGUGUGGGCUGGAGAUGUUCUUCUCCGUUGACAAGGAGAUUCUGGGCGAGGUGACCACCCACGAGCUGAAACCAGACGGAGGGAAUGUCCAAGUAACGGAGGAAAACAAGGAGGAAUACAUCAGGCUAGUAGCAGAGUGGAGGCUGUCCAGAGGUGUGGAGGAGCAGACUCAAGCAUUCUUCGAAGGCUUCAAUGAAGUUUUGCCUCAGCAAUACCUGCAAUACUUUGACGCUAAGGAAUUAGAGGUGAUGCUGUGCGGGAUGCAGGAGAUAGACCUGGUGGACUGGCAGAGAAACACAAUCUACAGGCAUUAUGCCCGGAGCAGUAAACAGAUCCUGUGGUUCUGGCAGUUUGUCAAGGAGAUGGACAACGAGAAGAGGAUGAGACUGCUGCAGUUUGUCACAGGAACCUGUCGUCUUCCUGUGGGCGGCUUCGCAGACCUGAUGGGAAGCAAUGGACCACAAAAGUUCUGCAUUGAAAAAGUAGGCAAAGAGAACUGGCUUCCACGAAGCCACACAUGCUUUAAUCGUCUGGACCUCCCUCCUUACAAGAGCUACGAGCAGCUGAAGGAGAAGCUCAUGUUCGCUAUAGAAGAGACAGAAGGUUUUGGGCAGGAGUGAUGCAACAAGAACAGGAGCUGCAGGAUGGGUUGUAGGAGCCAUAUCCAUUUCAGACAAGAGCACUUUUUAACAGAUUUCUCCUUGCAGCCUGGAGCUGCUUAUAAACUGGUAUAUGGACGUACAAUUCUUCAUAUUCUGUCACAUUAUCAUCCGCAGUAACCGAUGUUUCUAAGCUGUUUCGUCAGAAAAUUCCUUCAUCCCACAAGAGAAACCUGUGAAUCCUCCUCAACCUUUUUCACUUCUCACCUAUAUGAUAACCCCUAAGCCAGCUGAUCUUACGCAGCCCUGCUCAGCUCACUAUCAGGUGAUGAAGGCAGAAGAAACUCCUUUCUCGCCCUUUCAUGUCUGCACUCGCUGCACGUUGCGCAAGAGCAGUUUCGACGCGUACAUCUGUGAAUGAGUAAACUCUUGCACCUCAUGCACUAGAAUGAAUAAUUUUAGAGGAAAGAACCAUAUUUGUGCAUUUUGACUUAGAACAAGAAGCUUCAUAUCUACAAGCAACAUCAAACGCACAGAUAUGCUUUUGGACUCAACUUUAAUUUGUCUUUUAUUGAAAGGAUGGAUGAAUGGAUGGAUGUUUUUUUUGUUUGUUUUUUUUUUAACCGCUGACUGGAGUGACUCCUGUAGCAGUUUUCUUUAAUAACUUUGAUAAAUGUGAUUACGCUAAUCGAAAAUGAUGAUUUCUCUUAUUUUGACCGGUUGAUUUCUUAAACUUAUAAUGAGUAGGAACUUGGAACUAGUUUGCACACAGUUAUGUGAGCAGUAAGACGGUUGUGAUUGUUCUUAAGAGAGGUUGUAUUUUUAUGUGCAAUAGUUUUGUAGAAAACAUUUUUGCCAAUAAUAGAGCCAAACAGUGAUUUGUUUGAUCAUUUUAUAACACUUUGGUAAGUGUCAGCAUUUAGUGUUAAUUUUAAAUUUUCAAAAUGAAGUAGAGAACACUUGCAUAUGGUGAAGCUUGUUUGGUUGUGAUUCCAUCUGACAAACUCUGCCUUCCAGAAAUGGUCUUUGGUGUCUAAAUAUCAGCCUACUUGACCGUGGAUGCUCCCCUCCUUUACUAGUCAGGGAGGCCGAAAAGUGAUAAUUAUGAGGCGUUACUGAUGAAGUGGGAGCUUUAGGAUGUAUGUGUAAUAGAGAACAAUGAUUUGAAUAAUUCCCACUGAAUGGUAGCCAGCUUUUUGGUAGAUAUCCAGAGUUAAAUAUUAUUCUAGAUCACUAAUGAAGAUGCUGAAUCCUAACUGUUUAAUGUGUUAAGUGACUAAUGCAGUUUAUGUAAAUAUACUUAAACAAAAUUAGUAAAUGUGUUUAAUGUCUUAAUACAUUUAGUUCACCCAGACAGAAGUUGAUAAUUAAGAUUUGAAUCACUGCAUUAGAAGGCAGCCCUAGUUUUAUAGGGUGUUAGGUAUCCAGAUUGUACAGGAAUAGUUUAUUUCAUGUCUUUUCCAGUAAACUAGCUAAGCUAACAUCAAACUUAGAGUUUCUUUUUAGUAUCAGAUAGAGUAUCACUUUAAGGAACUGACUAUGGAACCAAUUUACCAAAGGAUUAUAUUUAAAAUUUUUUGUAAAGAAUUUGGCUAGUAAGUCUAAUUGAACAAUCAGUUUUUAAUACCCCCAGAUGAGUAGGUAACACUAUGAGAUACAAGAAAACAAAAAGGUUGCUCAGCUACUUCAGUUUUAAAAUAAACAUUUCAAUCUGUAAAGUGAUAUAUAUUUUUUAAGACUCGUAGCUGUCCAAGCAUCCAAGCUGUGUGUAGUGUAUGUAGGCAGCGUGGUGUGAAUUCCGUGGCAUAAUUUCAAUGUUUAUCCCAGAUCAUUACACAGAUUCAGUUUUAGCAAGUUCCUUUUUAAUUUCCUAUUAAAAUGUAGAAGGACGUAUACUCAAAUAUAACUCGUGAAUAAGCCCGUAUGAUUUAUGUGGCUGUAUGUCAUCACAAAAAUAAAAAAUCACUGGUUGUUCUCAAUGGACGAAGCUCUCCCUCACUGACCUGACGGGCGUUUUUACCUUCAGUUGAUACCAGUUAUUGCUCACUUUGUCAGAUGUUUCACAUUAUCUCACAUUUUUCCCCUAAUUCAACGCACAUCCACCUUUAACACUCAGUGUGUAACUGCCACUGUGCAGGCUUGUGAAGAGAUUAUUAUAAAAAGAAAAAAAAACUUGAUUUUUUUUUAAGAGAGGGGGUUGUGAUUAAAAUGUUGACUGUUGAAUAUUUUAACAGAUUAAAACUUAUAAUAUAGCACCUUCACACUCCAAACUGGUUGAAUUAACCACUUCACUGUUAAAUCUCUGCUGUGUUCCAGAUCUAUGGGGCAAAUUAAAUGUAUAGAAAUAUGCAAACUAGUGUUUUAGAUGUGCUGAUUGCAUUGUAAAUCAUGUUGAUAUUGUAAUCACUAUUUUUUUUUUUUUUUGAGGCUCUAACUUUUUUUGAUAAGUGGAAGUCAAGGGUUGAAGACUAUUUAUUUGGAGGAUGGGUUUCAUGUAACAAUGGACUGGAUUGAUCGAGAACAUUUAAAAAAAAUAAUAAAAUGAUUGAAACACUGGGCUCCUGCA